AUUGGGCGGGAAAGCGUUAGUAAUUUAGAUGUCAAUUGACUUGACAAUUGGCCGAAGUGAAGUGCGGGUGUGCGUUGAAUAAUUCCCUCAAAAUUAACUGCCCGGGCUAUGAAGCGUGAGGAGAUUCUGCUGCUUUUCGACGUCGAUGGAACUCUGACCCUCCCGCGAUCUGUGAUAGAGCCCUCCUUCGAGGCAUUCCUCUACGACCGCCUGAAACCCAAGGCGACAAUUGGAAUUGUCGGCGGCGCCGAUCUGGAGAAGAUGUUCGAGCAGCUCAACGGCGAGAAGAUCCUGAAGGAGUUCGACUACAUUUUCCCCGAGAACGGACUCGUGCAGAUAAAGCAGGGUGUGGAAGUGGGCAAGCAGUCACUUCUGAAUCACCUGGGCGAGGCCACGAUCCAGAGGUUCAUCAACUUCGUGCUGCGCUACCUCGCCGACCUGCAAGUUCCCAUCAAGCGUGGCACAUUCCUCGAGUUUCGCAACGGCAUGAUGAAUGUCUGCCCCGUUGGCCGACAGUGCAGCUGGAGUGAGAGACAGCUUUUUGCCGAGUACGACCGGAAGCACGGCGUCCGUGAGAAAAUGAUCCAAGACCUGCGCAGAGAGUUUGCGGACGUUGACUUAACGUACAGCAUUGGUGGGCAAAUAAGCUUCGACGUCUUUCCACGUGGAUGGGACAAGACGUACUGCCUGGACUUUGUCUCCGCGGACGGAGAUUUCAAGGAGAUCCACUUCUUUGGAGACAAAACCGACCCAGGCGGCAAUGAUCAUGAGAUCUACUCGGAUUCUCGCGUGAUUGGACACAAAGUGCAGUCACCGGACGAAACGAGACUCCUCCUGGAAGCCCUGGAAGAGAGACUUCACCAGGACCAGUGAUUCCUUUUCUGUGCUUUAUCUACAUUCCAAAGGGUUAAGUGGCAAUUCUUGAUUUGACGAUUACCUCAAUAUGUAAAAAUGAGUCUGAAAUGCAUUUUACUGCUGCACAAAGGUCUUUGGAAAUGUACCAGAUU